AUGGGUGAGACGCCUGUUCAAAAGUUCUACGAAGGCAGUGUUGUGUUUGUAACAGGAGGCACCGGUUUUCUGGGAAAACUUUUAAUAGAGAAGUUGCUAAGGACGUGUGGUCCGAGUAAAAUUUACGUUUUAAUGAGAGAAAAAAAAGACAAAGGGUCAAAAGAAAGAUUGAGUCGAGCAUUAAAAGAUCCGUUAUUCAACGAAUUGCGGAAAAUAAGAGUUAAUUGGGAAGAAAACAUUUAUGCAGUACAAGGAGAUAUUAGUGAACCCAAAUUAGGAAUAGACGACUAUGAUUGGGAAGCAAUGAGGAAAGAGGUGAAUGUGAUAUUUCACAUGGCUGCGAAUGUGCGGUUUGAUGUAGAGUUGAAGCCUGCGUUGCUAAGCAACACGAGAGGCACACGAGAGGCACUUCAGUUGGCAACCGAUUGUACGCAACUUCGUGCAUUCGUGUACGUGUCCACAGCGUACUCACACGCGACACGGGAUCGAAUCGACGGCACAGUGUCGGAAAGAUUCUAUGAGACCCCAGCGCCACCCGACGCUAUCAUCAAACUGGCAGAAACAUUAUCCAUCGAGAAAUUAAACGCAAUGACGCCUACGUUGAUUAGUGGUUGGCCAAACACUUACACGUUUUCUAAAGCCAUAGCGGAGGAAAUCGUUCUCAGGAACCACACGAACCUACCCAUUUGCGUAGUUAGACCAGCAAUUGUAACGUGCACAUAUCGCGACCCAGUCCCAGGCUGGGUUGACAUUAGCUGCGCUUUUGGGCCGAGUGGGUUAAUUUUGGGUAUGGGAUUAGGACUCAUGCAUGUCGCACUUACGGACCUGAAUGUAAGAAUAGACCUUGUUCCCGCCGAUAUCGUGAACAACACGAUAAUCACAGCAGCUUGGGAGACAAACUGCAAAGCCAUAGUACAAAAAAGGCACCAGUCCCCGAUGAUUUACACAGUCAGUAGCUCCAGGAAUGGAUUACAGAUAAAGACGGUGCAGCAAAAUCUAGAACUUCUUAAAAAGAAAAUUGUAUUUUCCAAAGCCAUUUGGUAUUGUUUUGCUAUUAUAACGAAAUUUAAGCUAUUAUACAAAUUGAUCACUAUAUUUUUGCACUACAUACCCGCUUACAUCGUUGAUGGAGUUUGUCUUUUGCUGGGAAAGCCGAGAAUGUUGGUGAAAAUUUAUAAAAAAGUGGAUAAACUAAGUUACGCAUUGAGUUAUUUUACAACAAACCAGUGGACCUUCGAAGAUCAAAAUACGCAAAACUUAUUCAAGAACCUCUCACCCGUUGACAAACAGAUUUUUGAUAUGGACAUAACGGCCGUCGAUUGGGAAAAGAAAAUUCGCAUUUGGACCUUGGGUAUACGGAAGUAUUUGGUGAAAGAUAGCGAGAAAUCAUCAGUAAAGUUGAUUAGGGUAAUAAUAGCGGCCAACGCAAUGGGUGAAACGCCUGUUCAAAAGUUCUACGAAGGCAGUGUUGUGUUUGUAACAGGAGGCACCGGUUUUCUGGGAAAACUUUUAAUAGAGAAGUUGCUAAGGACUUGUGCUCCAAGUAAAAUUUACGUUUUAAUAAGAGAAAAAAAAGACAAAGGGCCAAAAGAACGAUUGAAUCAAGCAUUAAAAGAUCCGUUAUUCGACGAUUUGCGGAAACUAAGAGUGAAUUGGAAAGAAAACAUUUAUCCAGUACAAGGAGAUAUCAGUGAAAUCAAAUUAGGAAUAGACGACUAUGAUUGGGAAACAUUGAGGCAAGAGGUGAAUGUGAUAUUUCACAUGGCUGCGAAUGUAAGGUUUGAUGUAGAGUUGAAGGCUGCGUUGCUAAGCAACUCGAGAGGCACACGAGAGGCACUUCGGCUGGCAGCCGAUUGUACGCAGUUGCGUGCAUUCGUGUACGUGUCCACAGCGUACUCACACGCGACACGAGAUCGAGUCAACGGCACAGUGUCGGAAAUAUUCUAUGAGACCCCAGUGCCACCCGACGCUAUCAUCAAACUGGCAGAAACGUUACCCGUCGAGAAAUUAAACGCGAUAACACCUACGUUGAUUAAUGGUUGGCCAAACACUUACUCGUUUUCUAAAGCCAUUGCAGAAGAGAUCGUUCGCACAAACCACAUGGACCUGCCCAUUUGCAUAGUUAGACCAGCGAUUGUAACGUGCACUUAUCGCGAGCCAGUCCCAGGCUGGGUUGACCUUAGCUGCGCCUUUGGGCCGAGUGGGUUCCUUUUGGGGUUGGGCCUUGGACUCAUGCAUGCCUCGCUUGUGGACCUGAAUGUAAGAAUAGACUUUGUUCCCGCCGAUAUCGUUAACAACACGACAAUCGCAGCAGCUUGGGAGACAAACUGCAAAGGCAUGUUACGAAAUAGGAACCAGUCCCCAAUGAUUUACACAGUCACUAGCUCUAGGAAUGGAUUACUGCUCAAGACAAUGCUGCAAAAUCUAGAAGUUCUUAGAAAAACUAUUGCAUCGUCCAAAGCCAUAUGGUACUGUUUUGGAUUUCCAACGAAGUAUAAACUAUUCUACAAAAUACUCACAAUUUUCUUGCACUACAUUCCCGCUUACAUCAUUGAUGGAGUUUGUCUUUUGCUGGGAAAGCCAAGAAUGUUAGUGAAAAUUUACAAAAAAGUGGAUAAACUAAUUUACGCACUGGGUUUUUUUACAACAAACAGUGGACCUUCGAAGAUCAAAAUGCGCAAAACUUAUUCAAGAACCUCUCACCCGUUGACAAACAGAUUUUUGAUAUGGACA